GCCCCGUGUUUUACUCACACAGCUGAGAGGAAAAAAGAAAAAAGAAAAACCCACCUCGGCUCGUAUCGACAACACACAGCAGGCGUUUCUUUGUUCUCUUCUGUCUUCGGCAGCAGAAAGGUCAUAUUUAUACAAUUAAUUAUUGAUGACAUCUAGAAAAUUUCAAGAAGUGGAUUCAGAGGAGGCAGAGUAUAUGGACCGUUGUGGAAAGUCGAAGAGACGGCGGUAUGAUGAUGGACAGUCCAUCUGUCCCGUUGGCCUGGAGUACACUGAUCUGGAGGCAGCUGAGGCUCUGGUGUGUAUGAGCUCCUUGGGCCAGAGCUUCUUCCUCAGCAGCAACAGGCUGAACCCGUGUAAACCCAGACCACUCACACCGGCUUCGGACUCUUGUGACUCCCUGCUGCCCCCGGAAAUCCCAGAGCCCCCGAAGGACUUCGUGUCCCUCUCCUCACUGUGUAUGACUCCCCCGCACAGCCCCAGCUUUGUUGAGACGUCUACAACCAGCAGUGGUCUCCAGUCCACCUCUACGACGACAUGUAGCCUGACCUCACAGCGUUCUACAUUUGGGCUCCAUCAACCUGGCUUGGUACCCAUUGCUGAAAAAACCCCCUCCCUUCCCCAUCCUCCACAGCGCUGCAGGGCUAUGGCGACAAGUGUCAUCCGUCACACCGCAGACAACAGCCCCUGCCAACCCCACAUUCCAGCAGCCCCCCAUUUAGAGAAAACUGGAGACACAGUGUGCCAUCAGCAGGACGUUGGAAAGACUGAGCAGAUCACCAAACAUCCAACCCCUCCUGCUCUUCAGCUGCCCAGCUCUUCAAAUUCCCAUACGGACAGCGCCUCCGCCCCCACUCCUGUCAACACCCAGCUGCAAAACAGCACACCCACUCCCCCUGCUCCUGCAACCCUCACCAGCUCUCAAAUCAUCUGCCAGAUGUUCCCUAUCAACAGUCAGACAGGAAUAUUCUCAGCAUUUAUCCCCAGCGCAGUGCAAGCGUCUGCUUCUGGAAUGCGGACCACUGCCAUGCCCAUUGUCCCCCAACCCACCUCUGCUAAAGCUGCACCUGUCCAGCAGCCAUUUGUCGUGAGCUCGACGGUUCCCCAGGGCACAGUGAUGCUGGUUCUCCCUCAGUCCUCUGUGGCUCCGCCUCCUCACUGCCCACAGACUGUCAUGACCCUGGGCAGCACCAAGCUGCUACCUCUGGCUCCGGCACCUGUGUACGUGCCGGCAGGGACCGGCAGCACUACAGCAGCCACCAAGAUGGAUUUCUCCCGCAGGAGAAACUACGUCUGUGACUUCCUAGGGUGCAGAAAGACAUACUUCAAGAGCUCGCACCUGAAAGCUCACCUGAGAACACACACAGGCGAGAAGCCCUUCAGCUGCAGCUGGGACGGCUGUGAUAAGCGGUUCGCCCGCUCAGAUGAGCUGUCCCGUCACCGGCGCACCCACACCGGUGAAAAGAAGUUUGUGUGCCCCGUGUGCGAGCGCCGAUUCAUGCGCAGCGAUCACCUUACCAAACACGCCCGCCGCCACAUGACCACAAAGAAAAUUCCCGCCUGGCAAGCUGACGUCAGGAACCUAAACAAAAUAGCUGGUGGCAAAACACUGCCCUCCAAACCAGGCCUGGCCACGCUAAGCAUGCUGGUACCUGCUGGCUCAAAGUAGGAGGCGAGCUCUGCCUUCCAGUACUCACGUAGAAUGCCACAGGGACACAGGGCUGCUGCUAUUUUACUCAAGGGAAUAAAAGAAAACGUGCACUGGACUUUUUCUUCUCUCUACUUCUUAUUUGUACAUCAAUUUCUUUUUUAAAUUUCUUUGUUUACUUUCAGAUUGCUGACAAUACAAAUGCACUCACGCCAAAGCCUUUGUAUGAAAUUUGUUGAAAACAUUUCAUCACCCACCCACCCCCCCCGUGCCUCUUUAGUGGUCAACCGCUCCCGCAUUCGGAAAGCCGGUGCUUCCCAGAAACCCUUUCAGUCUCUCACAGUUGUUUUUUGUUUUUAUGUUUGUUUGUGUCAUGUGUGUCUCGUGUUAUGAAAUGCAUUUAUUUGUCACAGUUGGGAAUUUAUUAAUAUGACAGAAAUAAGGAAAUAAUCACUACGAUUAUACUUUGAUUAUGUCUGUUUAACUUUUCAUAUUAUUUAAUACACAUUUGUAAUAAAACAAUUUAAAUGA